AUGGCCUUCACGCCGUCCGUGUGGGCCUCGAGAGCAGCAACAAAGGGUUUGGCAAAAAGCUUCUUCAACUUUGUUGCUACCAGCGCGCGGCUGUACUCCCGCUCCUGCAGCAGCAGCAGCAGCAGCAGCAGCAGCAGCAGCGGCAGCAGCAGCAGCAGCAGCAGCAGCGGCAGCAGCAGCAGCAGCAGCGAAGGCGAGGAGUUACAGCUGCCGCAGCAGCGACAACAGCAGCGACAGCAGCAGCAACAGCAGCAACAGCAGCAGCAACAGCAGCAGCAGCAGCAACAACAGCAGAUAUGCGCAUUGCACAGCAUUCUGCUGCUGCUGCAGUGCCAACACCCUAAGUGGGGCCCCAGCAGCGGCCUUGACGCGCGCGCAGCAGCAGCAACAGCAGCAGCAGCAGCAGCAGCAACAGCAGCAACAGCAGCAGCAACAGCAGCAGCAACAGCAGCAGCAGCAAUAGCAGCAGCAAUAGCAGCAGCAGCGGCAACAGCUUCUGUCAAGCUCAGUGACUGGAGUGACUGGUCAUAUCUGGCUGCCGGAAGAGCAGCUGCAGCAGCAGCAGCUGCAGCAGCAGCAACAGCAGCAACAGCAGCAGCAACAGCAGCAGCAGCAAAGAAUCAGACAAUGGGGAAUACGGAGAGCACUUCAGCUGUGCAGCAGCAGCUGGAGCUGCUGAACUCUCCCUCGCUGCUGCAGCAGCCCGAGCUGGUGCAGCACCUGCUGCUGCUGAGCCGCCGCGGCAGCCAGCAGCACUUAACGGGCCCCGAAGAAGACUCGCUGCUGUCUUGUUUGUCUUUGUUGGAAGCGACGCUGUUCUGGCGGCCUUUCCCGCAGCACGAGUUUGCGGAGGAGCUGCAGCAGCAGGAGUUGCUGCUGCAGCAGCAGCAGGAUGACUACGAUCCUCAGCAGCAGCAGCAGCAGCAGCAGGAGGAAAAGCAGCAGCAGCAGCAACAGCAGCAGCAGGAAAAGCAGCAGCAGAAUGGUCGGCAGCAGGAGGCGCAGCUGCAGCAGCAGGAAGAGCUGCAGCAGCAGGAAGAGCUGCAGCAGCAGGAAGAGCUGCAGCAGCAGCAGAACGGCCAGCAGCAGGAGGACAACCAGCAGCAGCAGCAGCAGCAGCAGCAGCAGCAGCAGCAAGAGGAACAGCAAAGCUCUGGGACCUCUGAAGGCUCAAAACGCUGCACAACUCUGGCGAACGAGCUGAUGAAUGCUCUGGCCCGUCUGCUUUUCUUGAACGGCUUUUGCGUCAACGCGCCUCGUUGCUUCCUGGAAAAGGACGAGGGUCUGUGCAAGGGAGCUCUGACUGCGGGGUCUGGAACCAUCGACGAGUACUUGCGGCAAGAACCCCCCUGGCUGGCUGUCUUUACAGCUGGCCACAGUCCAUACACCGCAAACCUCUUUUGUUCUCUUUUGAGUUCCAUUUUCACUUACGACCCCGUCGGCUAUAUCUCCUUCCACCAGGAACUCCUAAUCCUCCUUUGGCACCUCCUCACCACCAACCCCGAGUUUCUGCGUUACUUGUGCUCGAAGACAGACACAAACUUGCUGCUGACGCCGCUGCUGUUUUUGCUGCUGAAGAGCAGCAACAAAGUCAAAGAAGAGACACAAAAGGCCCCGGGCAGCUGCAGCGUGGGGCUGCUGCACACCUGCUCUUUCAUUUUGCUGCACCUCUCCUGCGAAAGGGACUUUUCAGUGCGUCUCAACGCUCCUUUCGAAGACAACUUUCCCCUCGAGUUGCCUCUCUUCAAAGGCUCCCACGCGGACUUGCUUUGCCUCGUGAUUUACAGAGUUGUCGUCGACGCCAUCGUCGGCGCGGGAAACACCCCCGCGUUGGUGAACAGUUUGUUGACUUCGCUGUGCAACAUUUCGCCCUUCGUGAAGGGUUUUGGCUUCGAAAGUUGUGUCCGUCUUUUGGGACUUUUGGAAAGAUUGGCCAAACCCUCGUGGCUUUUCAAAGCUCCUUUUCACUGCCAAGACCUCCUUUUCCUCAUCGACGCCUUCAACAACUUGCUGCAGUACCAGUACGAGGGCAACCAGAAGUUGGUGUAUUCGAUUUUGCGGCGGAAAGAAAUCUUUUUGUCUUUGGAGCAGUUGACUCUUGAGGUGUAUCCUCACCUCAAGGGGGCCCCCCAGCAGGGCGCUGCUGCUUCGGGGGCCCCCAGCCCUGCUGCUGCUGCUGCGAACGGCAGCAGCACGAGCAGCAGCAGCCCCCAGCAGCAGCAGCAGCAGCAGCAGCAGCAGGACGAGGGGGAGGAGCAGCAGCAGGAGUGGGUCCCUUCGCAGGAGUGGCUCGAUGAGUGGAAGGCCAAAAGCAGGGGCCCCCUCAGGACCCCCAUAAGGCUCAUACAGCAUUUGCUGCCUCUCGUGGAGCGGGAGUGCGCGGAGAAGGGGCUGACGGGGCAGGAAGAAGUGCUGGAGUUCCUGCAGCAAACCACGAUGGUGGGGCUGCUGCCAGUGCCGCACCCCAUAGUCAUUCGGAACUAUUACCCCAACGCCUACACUGACCUUUGGUUCAGUUCUUACUUGUGGGGUGUGCUGGUGAACCGAUCCCCAGCACUGGCCAGACUCGAUCCCACCCGCAUCCGCUUCCUCGUCGUCAGCAACGCCAGCUAG